UUAACGUGCUGUUUAGCAAAGAUACGCUAGUGUGGCGUGAGAUGGAAUUAGCGUAGGUUGUUAUGAAUAUGCUUUGAAAUUUACAGAAUUGUCCAAAAUUAUUUGAAAUAGUAAUGGCAACUGCAGCUGUUAGGACCUUUCACAGGCUAGAGGGUUUGUUUUGUGUCUACAAGCCUGCCGGCGUCCACUGGAAGCUGGUACGAGACACGGUGGAAACAAAUCUUCUCAAAGCUUUAAAUGCAGCACCACUGCAGCCUCUUCCUCAGGCAGUCCGCUUCUUGACGCACCCAGAGAGUGGGACUGAAGAACCCAAAGGACUCACGGUGUCUGCAGUCUCUGUACCUGUACUGGCCAAACACCCUCUAGUGACUGGACCCGAAUUUCAACAUAUACGAGUUGGAGUAGGACAUCGUCUGGAUGCGUUUUCAUCUGGUGUUCUAAUUCUUGGAGUUGGGAAAGCAAACAAGGGUUUGAAUGAGCUUCACCACAAACCAGUUACAAGGGAUUACACAUUGGAGGGUGAAUUUGGAAUGGCGACAGAUGAUUUCUCUCACAUUGGCAGAGUUGUGGAAAGAACCACAUAUGACCACAUUACACGGGAUAAACUGGAUAGAAUCUUGGCCGUGUUGCAGGGAGCCAAUCAGAAGGCUCUACUAACGUAUUCCGGCGUAGAUAUGCACUCACAGGAAGCGUAUGAGAUGGCAGCGCAAGGUUUACUGGGUCCACAGGGGAAAUCGGAGCCUAUUCUGAGGGGCCUCCGUUGCAUUCGCUUUGAGCCUCCUAACUUCGCGCUAGAAGUCCAGUGUUUUAAUGAAACGCAGAAAUAUUUGAGGAAAGUUGUGCAUGAGAUUGGACUUGAGCUGCGCAGCACAGCCGUGUGUAAAGGUGUGAGACGGACCAGAGACGGCGCCUUUUCUCUGAAGGAUGCCCUGACCCAUCACUGCUGGACUGCUUCUGCUGUCAUGCAGGCCAUUCAACAGUACCGCUCAUCUAAUAAAAUAAAAAAGUCUCAUGCACGGGUGAAGAGCACAACAUUACCGCUUCAAGUAGAGGACAACCUGAAAGCCCAUCAGCAAAAUGAAAGAUGCACUGAAGGAGCGGUUGAAUAGAAUAAAUUCUGUUUUGGAGGAACAGUGAA